AUGUCCCGCAGCGCGGCGGCCAGCGGCAGACCCAGAAGGCCUGAGCAGCAUCUGCCCCCAGCCCCCUGUGGGGCCCCGGGGCCCCCUGAAACCUCCAGGACGGAGUCAGACGGGGCUGGCACAAUGAACAAGUUGAGGCAGAGCCUGCGGCGGCGGAAGCCAGCCUACAUGCCCGAGGCGUCUCGCCCGCACCAGUGGCAGGCCGACGAGGACGCGGUGCGCAAGGGCACCUGCAGCUUCCCCGUCAGGUACCUGGGUCACGUGGAGGUGGAGGAGUCCAGGGGGAUGCACGUGUGUGAGGAUGCUGUGAAGAAGCUGAAGGCGAUGGGCCGGAAGUCCGUGAAGUCCGUCCUGUGGGUGUCCGCCGAUGGGCUCCGCGUGGUGGAUGACAAGACCAAGGACCUGCUGGUGGAUCAGACCAUCGAAAAGGUCUCCUUCUGUGCUCCUGACCGCAACCUGGACAAGGCUUUCUCUUACAUCUGCCGGGAUGGGACCACCCGCCGCUGGAUCUGCCACUGUUUCCUGGCACUCAAGGACUCCGGCGAGAGGCUGAGCCACGCCGUGGGCUGUGCGUUUGCUGCCUGCCUGGAGCGGAAACAGCGGCGGGAGAAGGAGUGUGGGGUCACGGCUACCUUCGAUGCCAGCCGCACCAGCUUCGCCCGCGAGGGCUCCUUCCGCCUGUCGGGGGGUGGGCGGCCCACUGACCGAGAAGCCCCGGACAAAAAGAAAGCAGAGGCGGCAGCUGCCCCCACCGCGGCUCCCGGCCCCGCCCAGCCCGGGCGCGUGUCCCCCACUCCAGCCACCACGUCCCCCGGGGAGAAGGGCGAGGCGGGCACCCCGGUGGCCGCGGGCACCACGGCGGCGGCCAUCCCCCGGCGCCACGCGCCGCUGGAGCAGCUGGUGCGCCAGGGCUCCUUCCGCGGCUUCCCGGCGCUCAGCCAGAAGAACUCGCCCUUCAAGCGGCAGCUGAGCCUGCGGCUCAACGAGCUGCCGUCCACGCUGCAGCGCCGCACCGACUUCCAGGUGAAGAGCACAGUGCCGGAGAUGGAGCCACCUGGUGCCAGCGACAGCGACAGCAUCAAUGCUCUGUGCACGCAGAUCAGCUCGUCUUUUGCCAGUGCUGGGGCACCAGCACCAGGGCCGCCGCCUGCCUCGACCGGGACGUCUGCCUGGGGCGAGCCCUCCGUGUCCCCGGCAGCCGCCUUCCAGCCCGGGCACAAGCGGACGCCUUCGGAGGCCGAGCGGUGGCUGGAGGAGGUGUCCCAGGUGGCCAAAGUGCAGCAGCAGCAGCAGCAGCAGCAAGUGUCCUCGGUGCCCGCUGUGCCCCCUCCCCUGCAGCCCUUCCCCGCCCCCGUGGGGCCCUUCGAUGCCACACCCGCCCAGGUGGCGCUGUUCCUGCCACCCCCACACAUGCAGCCCCCCUUUGUUCCCGCCUACCCAGGCCUGGGCUACCCGCCCAUGCCCCGCGUGCCCGUGGUGGGCAUCACACCCUCACAGAUGGUGGCCAACGCCUUCUGCUCAGCUGCCCAGCUCCAGCCACAGCCCACCGCCCUGCUUGGGAAAGCCGGAGCCUUCCCCCCACCUGCUGUGCCCAGUGCCCCCGGGGGCCAGGCCCCCCCACGCCCCAACGGGGCUCCCUGGCCCCCAGAGCCAGCACCCACCCCAGCCCCCGAGUUGGACCCCUUUGAGGCCCAGUGGGCUGCGUUAGAGGGCAAACCCGCUGCAGAGAAGCCUUCCAACCCCUUCUCGGGCGACCUGCAGAAGACCUUCGAGAUUGAACUGUAG